GAAUUUUCCUUUAGGGUGCCACGAAGCUGCGCUAUAUUUAUUUUCAUAUAUCUUGUUUUCUAAGCCGUUCUGCGUAUUGUAAAGAGCGCAGGUAAUGUGAAGAAUUGUGUUGUACUUAAUGUGCCUUCCCUUGUGUGGAAUUGCGUGUAGUUUGACCUAGACAACAAACUAAUUAACGUUGAAAAGCCGCGCCGGCAUUUCUUAGCAGUAGAGAAUCAGCCAAUACCGGAACGCAAACAUCGACCAUGACCGUGGAUAUUACCGGUGGAAGCAGCGGUGCGGCGACAAAAGCACGGGGAUUCCUAACAUGGGAAAAACGAGAGCAUCUUGUUAAGCUAGCAAUACUUAUUUUGGCCGCUGUCUUAUCGUUCGCCACACGCUUGUUCUCCGUGCUACGGUUUGAAAGCGUUAUUCAUGAAUUCGAUCCAUAUUUUAAUUACCGCACCACGCGGUUCCUGGCCGAACAAGGGUUUUACAAAUUCCAUAAUUGGUUCGAUGAUCGUGCCUGGUAUCCCCUGGGCCGCAUCAUUGGCGGCACAAUUUACCCUGGAUUGAUGGUUACCUCGGCAGCACUAUACAGGCUCAUGUGGUUGCUAAACAUAACUAUUGACAUACGUAAUGUCUGCGUAUUUUUGGCACCGUUCUUCUCCUCGCUCACGACUCUUGUCACCUAUGCACUGACCAAGGAAAUACACAGCACUGGCGCCGGUUUGGUUGCCGCAGCGCUUAUAUCGAUCGUACCGGGCUACAUAUCGCGUUCCGUGGCUGGUUCUUAUGACAACGAAGGCAUUGCUAUAUUCUGCAUGCUCUUCACCUACUAUCUGUGGAUCAAGGCAGUGAAAACGGGCACCAUAUUUUGGUCGGCAGUGUCAGCGCUUGCCUAUUUCUACAUGGUCUCUUCGUGGGGUGGUUAUGUGUUCCUCAUCAAUCUCAUCCCGCUUCAUGUGAUUGCACUGAUGUUUACUGGGCGUUUUUCGCACCGCAUUUAUAUCGCAUAUAGCACUCUAUAUUGCGUUGGCACUAUUCUCUCCAUGCAGAUUUCGUUUGUCGGCUUUCAGCCCAUCCAGAGCUCUGAGCACAUGUUGGCAUUGGGUGUAUUCGGUCUAUGCCAGAUACACGCUUUUGUGGAUUAUCUACGCUCGCGUAUGCCUAAGGAUCACUUUGAAAUUCUAUUCAAAACCCUGGUUUCGAGCGUGAUAAGCGUGGUAUUGAUUAUUGGAACCGUGUUGACGAUAACGGGUAAGGUGUCGCCUUGGACGGGUCGUUUUUACUCGUUGCUGGAUCCAUCUUAUGCCAAGAAUCAUAUUCCAAUUAUUGCGUCCGUGUCGGAGCAUCAGCCCACAUCAUGGUCAUCAUUCUACUUCGAUCUGCAGAUUCUUGUCUUCCUAUUUCCCGCUGGCCUUUAUUUCUGUUUCGCGCGGUUAACAGAUUCCAAUAUCUUUAUAAUAUUGUAUGGCGUGACCAGCAUUUACUUCGCUGGCGUCAUGGUGCGUCUAAUGCUUGUGUUGGCGCCCGUGAUGUGUAUUCUGUCUGGCAUUGCCAUAUCUCAUCUGCUGGCCAAAUACAUCAAGAGUGUAGACGCAGGUGGUGCAAAGUUGGCUUCAGAAAGCAAAAGACAGCAUAAAAAACUGGAACAGCAAACAGGCGGCGUCAAGAGUGAGGUGGCCAUUGGAUUUGUUUCCAUAAUAACGCUGAUGCUUAUCGUCUAUACGUUCCAUUGUACUUGGGUGACCUCUGAGGCCUACUCCUCUCCAAGCAUUGUGCUCAGCGCACGCUCCCACGAUGGCGGCCGCAUCAUCUUUGACGACUUCCGCGAGGCUUAUUACUGGCUGCAAAUGAAUACGCCUGAAGAUGCGCGCAUCAUGUCCUGGUGGGAUUACGGCUAUCAAAUAACAGCAAUGGCGAAUAGAACGAUAUUAGUUGACAACAACACCUGGAACAAUACACAUAUUUCUCGUGUGGGCCAGGCAAUGGCCUCAUCUGAAGAGAAGGCAUACGAAAUUAUGCGUGAGCUGGACGUUGAUUAUGUGCUGGUCAUUUUCGGUGGACUGACGGGUUACUCGUCCGACGAUAUCAAUAAGUUCCUGUGGAUGGUGCGUAUUGGUGGCAGCACCGAUCGCGGCGCGCACAUCAAAGAGAAGGACUACUAUGCGGCCAAUGGCGAGUUCCGAGUCGAUAAAGAGGGCUCCCCCACCCUGCUAAAUUGCCUCAUGUACAAGAUGUGCUAUUAUCGGUUUGGGCAAAUGUAUACAGAGGGCGGCAAAGCGCAGGGAUAUGAUCGCGUGCGCGCCGCUGAGAUCGGCAACAAGGACUUUGAGCUCGAUGUACUCGAAGAGGCUUAUACUACUGAGCACUGGCUAGUGCGCAUUUACAAAGUGAAGGACUUGCCAAAUCGAGGGGUCUAAACAGCUACGAGUGCUCUCCUGCUCACUAUCUCGCUUGCACACACUCUCCUUUUCGUUUUCUAUGUCUCUCUAACAUAUUCGCAUGCAUUCUUUCGACCGAUAGACGUCUAUUUAAAAACAUUCUGUAAUUUGUACAUUCAUUAAGCAUAGCUUUAAUUUUA